AUGGAGAUGCAUCUUUUUCACGAGCAUCCCUUGGUGUUUGUGGAAGAUCAAAGCAAUGAAGGUGAGAAAGCUUACUGCUCAGCCUGUGGGGAUGUGAUUUCAGAUCCAUGCUUUAGUUGUGCAUUCUACAAUUAUCACCUUCAUAACAACUGUGCCCUCGCACCCCAUACAAUUUCCAGUCACCCUCUCCAUCCCCAGCACUCUGGCUUUUUCCUUCGAGAAAGGCCACGUCCUGGUAAUCGGAUCAAUAUUUUUUGUGCUCGGCCUAAGCUCAUUGUUGAAGAUAAAAGCCGCCAUCAGCACCCAUUUACCUUAUAUUGGAGACAAGGCUCAUUCAUUUGUGAUGCAUGUGACACUGAGGGGAACUAUAUGUCUUAUAUAUGUUCGACAUGCAGCAUAACAGUCCAUAAAGAUUGCAUUUCACUCCCACGCAUUAUCAAAUUUUCACGACAUGAUCACUGCCUUUUUCACAAAUAUUUUCUUGAAAUUCAAGAGCUUACAAGAAAAGAUUGUAAGAUUUGUUUCAAUGAAGUGAAUCUUGAGCGUGGGAGUUACUCUUGUAUGAAGUCCGGUUGCAAUUACAUUGUUCACGUGAAUUGUGCCUUGGAGGAUGAAAGAUUUUACGUGGUGGUUGAGCGAGAAAGCCAAUGCGAGGAGCUCUAUGGAAGUUCAGCUGAGUCUACGCAGUCUUCCAUCACUCGCGUUGUUGAGGUGAGUGAAGAUGGGAAGCCACAAAGAUUGAACAUUUCAGCCAUGAAGGUCAUUGCUUGGUGUUAG